AUGUGCAGGAAGACAGGUGUUUUUGUAAUAGAGGCUGAGAUCAUUAUAGAUGAGGACACACAGUAUACUAAGACUCGCAAGCGUACUGGACUCGGACCUCCGCCAGCGGCGAUCCAAGUUUAUAGCGCAAAGGCGCAUCACGCCGGCGCAGCCGCAAGCCGCGCGCGGAUGACGCGUUCCGCGGCCUCCCACACGCCCGAGCCCGCGCGCGGCGUCCUCCCACUGGCGCACGACCGACAGCGGUGCGCACUCGGCGACGAUGCGCAGCACGGGCCCGCCCUCGGCGAUCGCCGCAGCGUUGAGGGCGGCCGCAGAUGCGUGCGCGACAGACGCGUCGCACGCGCCUCCGAUAACUUGCACGAGGACAAGCUGCAGGUUGGGCGGGCCCGCUGCGGCAGUCGGGGAGGAGCGCAGGGGCGAGCAGGCGGUGGAGAGUGGGGAGGAGAGCCGUUGUGGGCGCGGAAGGGCUCACCGCAUGGACGACGGCGAGGUGCGUCGAGGUGCGUGAGGGCGGCGAGGCGCGCGAAGCGCUCCCAGGUGGACAUGUCCUCGUCUGCCGUGGGGCGGGCAAGCCCGAGGGGCGCGUCGGAACUGCAGGAGCCGAAUGUGGAGGUGGGUGACGUGCCCGACGAGGGCGGUGUCCUAGCCGUCGCGGCAGGAGAGGCCGAGGAGGUGCUGCUCGCGCGAGAGGCGGGCAUGGAGAGGGCGAGCACCCUGCGUGCACUGGUAGCCCGGGAGGGAGAAGCCGCAGGCGAGGGUGCGCUGGCCGGUGCAGGCGUGGAGGACGCAGUGGAUGCUCUGAAGGGUGCCGAGGGCGAAGAUGCCGAGGUGCUUGACGCGGGCGUGCGCAAACUCGGGGGAUUUGUGAGAAAUGGCUGCGAGAAAUGCGCGCACGGCGCAUGA